AUGUCACAGCAGAAGCAGCAAUCUCAGGAGACUCCAAGUGCUCUCAGAUGCCCCCCUCCCCAAGGCCCAAAUCCUUCUCUGGCUUCCUGCUCCGCUCCUUGACCUCCCUGUACGGGAGGCUGUAGUUCUGUUUCCCAAAGGCCCUGGGAUCAGAGCCCGGCUGGCUCCUGGAGGGCUCGCCGGAAGCCCCAUUGCCUCAGGGGUGGCACAACCUACCACAUCAAAGAGGAGGAGUGUUAA